AUGGCUAUACGGAACCAAUACUGGGGAAACGUCGUCGCCGUCGUCCCCACGGUCGGGGCAGCGCUUGCGACACUCAUUUAUGUCCUGCGCCUGAUUGCUUGCCGGAUGUCUACGGUCGGGUGGCGGUUAGAAGAUUUGUUAAUGGGUAUUGGCCUGAUUCUCUCGUACGGAGUCACGGCUUUUGUUAUCUAUACCGCCUUCAAUGGUGUGGGAGUUCCAGGAAAUGAACUUCCGCAGGACGAACGUAUUCGCCUGCAAUUUGGCUCUUGGAUGAUCCAGAAGUUCUGGGCACCAUCCAUGGCAUUUGUGAAAAUAUCCAUUCUAGUCUUCCUCAAGCGACUGCUAGGCACCGCGAAGGUGGUUCGUGUGGGAGUAACAUGUCUAAUUGUCUUCACCAUAAUGUGGGCCUUUACCGAACUCAUGGGCAAUAUUUUUCAAUGUCACCCAGUCCAGUAUUAUUAUGACACCACACUAAACGGUCACUGUAUGCCCGGUCAGACCAAACUGUUCCAAACAUCAGCAUGCUUGUCCUUGGUAGAAGACGUGAUCAUUUUGCUUUUGCCGAUGCCGGUGGUCUGGCGACUGCGAAUCACCGUCCAACAGAAGAUCGGGCUGACAAUAGUCUUCUCGUUGGGUGCAUUGUUCUAUACUCCAUCUCCCAGUCGCCUCGACUGA